GACGACCGGCACCAAUUUGAGUCGUUGUUGAAGCACACGAUACCGGCAGAACGUCACUUGUCUCGCCAUGACGACCAACUUCUACGUCUGCCAGACGACGCUCAUGACGGGUUGUUGUCCGUUCCGGUCGGCUUGGCGGGCGGAAGCAAGCCAUGGCGAGUCGAGGAGGCCAGCUCAAGCCGGGCUGGUCACGCGUCGCCGCUCCUCGCCCAACAGGUCAGUCUCAUGGUACCGGCCGGUGGACACACCGACAGGCGUCAGUCUUCUCCAAUCAUCCCCGAGGCCAGCAGCGAGUCGACGUGCAUCAGAGACGAGCCAACCUGUCACGUCAAGACUGACGCGAAUGCCGACGGCGACGGCGACGGCGAAUCGGUGCCAGUGUCGGUGAGGGAACCGGCGAAGCUAACGGCUGUGCCGGUCACCCGCUUCCUCGCCUUUCGCAGAGCCAGUCACUUCUUCACCGGCCGCGGCCACCGCGACAGGAGCGCGCCUGAGUCCGAGUCGCGGACAGAUUUGGCCAGUUCGACGCGCAGGUCCCACUCCAUUUGGGAGUCGUCGACGAAGACGUCGCGGGCCAGGCGGAAGAGCAACUUUUCCGAGAACUGCGUCGCCGUCCAAACGGAGCAGCCGAUCGGCGAGGACGUCGGGCAGAUGUUGGCGUCGGCGGCGACGGCCAGCGCCGACGUUAAGAAGAGCACUCGUGUGUCGAGUCGAGCCAAGAGGCGUCCGAGCUGCCGAAACACGCUGGGACCAUCGGAGGUCAAAGGCCUCCGGUCGCAGCACGAGCCCAAGGAGGCGCUCAAGGAUGGCCGACGGAGGACGACGGCGACGGCGACGGCAACGGCAACGGCGACCUCGAGCGACGACGACGACGAAGUGGACGCUCUGGACGACUUUGCUCACUUUGGCCGAUUAGUGGCCGAAGAGGCGCGCCAAAAGGCCAUGGCCAAAGUGGGUCGAGUCUCGCAAGAGUCCGGUGGCUCGGCCUCGCUCAAGGCGACAUUUGCGUCCGCAGGCCUGCACGGACUGGGCGCCACCACCGCCAGCCUCCUCAUUGCGCCACGUCUCCUGCGCAUCUCCUCGAUCGCCCUCGGCUCAGCGUCGCGGAAACCGUGCCCGUCAGACCCGUCGCCGGACUCGGACGAAACUGGGCGUCCGCCGCUCCGUCAGAGGGCCGGCUCGUCACUGCUCACCGCUUUCGCCGGAAGGACGCCAGCAAAACGCAAAACGUCCAUCAUUUAA